AUGUUAAACCACAACAGAUAUCCUUACGCAACAGUGUCUCUUUUCGCUCGGCCACAGCACCGCCCCACCAGCAGCAAACACUUUUCUACACUCGUACAUUGUCGUUACUCGUACACACGAAUUGGGAGGGAACCUCGAUUCUUCACCUGGCCACCUGUACCGUGGGAAGUGAUGCGCAAAAACCUAAGCUACGAAGCGAAGGAUGGCGAAAAAGAGCAAGAACAAACCGAAAGGAGGCACAAGCCCAGCUGUCCAGAGAGCCACAAAAUCGCACCAGAACCAACGUCCCGCGAAGCCAUUUUCUGGCUCGAACAUGCAGGUAUCAGCGAACCACUCAAGGUACACGAACAAAAUGAACCAGACGAGGACCGAGCCGAAACUGCUACGCCAAACCCCAACAGAACACCGAAUACGACAGAAGAAACAAACGGCCCCCAAAGCGCGAAAACACACAACGAAGGAGCUACAAGUAGAGACACUGUGCCGACCAGCGGGGCAACCGAGCUGGAUGGUAGUAUCUUCUACUAUGAUACUGGCCGUGGCUCACCGAAAUCGCACCAGGAGGAGGGCAAAGGAGUUACGCCGCACACGCCGAGAGAAGUCGAACCCGACGCAGAGAAAAGCGACAGCGAGGGUGAUAUCAUAUUAUUCAAAGGCAGACGGAACGUGUUCCACAAGAAUAAGGACAAUAUCGACAUGGAUAACAUCCGCACGGAAAUAAAAGCCGUCGAGCAAGAGAUGAAGGAGACCACACGCGAGAAGACCGCGAAAAAAAAAAAUAUGCGUGGAAGGAGAGGUGGGAGGCAAGCGAAAGCCAAACGAGCCGCCAUAGACUCUGCCAUAGACUCUGCAGAUGAAGAAGAUGACGAUGGAAUGCUGGCCGACUACAUUGCGAACAUGCGCGACACUGGCGAGAUCGACGAAGUGUUACAGACCUCAGCGGCACUGAAAGAGCCGGAGGACCAGAGCGAAAACAGUUCUAAUUCCAGCGACGAAAGAAACGCAGAGGAGCUUUCUGUUGAAGCCAUCCUGGCAGCGCGGCUGGAUCAGCGGACUUCGAACUGGGCCUCAGGAGAAAGCGGCAUAGACUAUAAUGAUUUCGAUCUCAUGGACCGGGAUCGAUCAAGUAUUCGGCGCAACUCAGGCAAAGGCGCAGGGCAGAAACUAGAUCUCAGAUUCGCCGAUAUUGACUCGGAGACUGAAGGUAGGCUGCAAGCGGCAUGGCAGAGUGACCGCCUUAGAAAAGCCGACCGGAAGAAGGAGCGCGAGCAACUCCGUGUACUGAAUCUCAUCGGAAAGAAAGCCGAAAAGAGCGAUGUCGAUGACAUGAGUAUCAAGUAUCCCCAAGGCAUGAGCCUGGAGCAGGUCGCUGACGAGCUAAAGAGGUUCUUGCUGAGCAUUGACCACAGUAUUUGCCUGCCGCCAAUGGACAAGCACGCUAGGAAGAUGAUACACGAGCUGGCCAACAAGUUUAACGUGAAAUCCAAAUCUAUCGGCAAAGCUGACCAACGCCGACCAACACUGUUCCGCACAAAGCGCACGCUACGGUUUGACGGUGAAGCCUUUGACUUGUCUGUCAGACGAAUCCAUCGCCGAUAUUUCCCCCGACUCGAAUACAAAGGCAAAAGCUCGCAGGGGCAAUUUUCACGCAAUGGUUAUGCUGAAGCAAGCUACCGUGAUGGUGAAAUUGUCGGUGCUUCUGCCCCAGAGUUGAGCACAGACAAUCGCGGCAGAACCAUGCUAGAGAAAAUGGGAUGGAGUACUGGAACGGCGCUUGGCUCAGAAGACAACAAGGGAAUACUUCUUCCUGUGACGCAGACCAUGAAGAGAUCGAAGGCGGGAUUGGGCUAA